CGCGGCCGCGCCGCGGGGGCCAUGGCCGACGGCAACGCGGACUGGAUGGGCUCGCUGCCCCCCGCGCUGCGCUCCCUGCCGCUCUCCAACCUCGCCAUCCCGGGAUCACAUGAUUCUUUCAGCUACUGGGUUGAUGAGAAAUCUCCUGUGGGACCAGACCAAGCAACAGCCGUCAAACGUUUGGCCAGAAUUUCCUUGGUGAGAAAGAUCAUGAAGAAAUGGUCAGUGACUCAAAAUUUGACUUUCAAAGAGCAGUUGGAAGGUGGGAUCCGCUACUUUGAUCUUCGUGUGUCUUCCAAACCUGGGGAAAUAGGAAAAGAGACUUACUUCAUACAUGGCUUGUUUGGCAUCAAAGUAUGGGAUGGGCUGCAGGAGAUGAAUAGUUUUCUUGAGCAGCACCCUAAGGAAGUAAUCUUCUUGGAUUUUAAUCAUUUCUAUGCCAUGGAUGACAGCCAUCACCACUUCUUGAUCAACAGGAUUCGCUCAGCAUUUGAAUCCAAACUUUGUUGUGUUGAAUGUGUAGAAUAUGUGACGUUACUGUACAUGUGGGAGAAGAAACACCAGGUUCUCAUAUUUUACCACCACCCUUUGUAUCAGGAAUAUCCCUUCCUGUGGCCAGGUAAUAAAAUGCCAGCACCAUGGGCUAAUACAACUAAUGUGCACAAGCUGCUGCAGUUCCUGGAGACCACACUUGGGGAACGAAGUCGUUAUGGGACUUUCCAUGUAUCUCAAGCAAUUCUCACACCUCGAGUGAAAACAAUCGUGAGGCAUCUAAUCCGUGGUCUGAAGAACACACUUGUCCAUAGGAACCUGCCGAUGAUUUUGAACUGGGUGAAAGCACAGAAGCCUGGUGUUAUGGGUGUUAACAUAAUUACAUCAGACUUUGUGGAGCUGGUUGACUUUGCUGCUACAGUUAUUGCACUGAACAACCUCCUUUUGGAAGACGAUGAAUCUGCAACUUAAAUCCUGAUUGCUGCAUCCCACUUGUGCUCCUUAGUGGACAUCUUUGAACUAUGCUAAAUGUUUUACUUGUCAAGUGAAACCUUUUGUAAUCUCUCUUUAUGAAAAAAGUUUCCUGGAGGGAACGUGGUUAAACAUCUGUAUAGCCAGGUCCCUUCUCCUGGAGUUGUGUGGACCUGAGUGAGCUGAGUGCUGUGUGAGUGCUCCUGGUCUGUCUGUGUGUGCUCUGUUUGGCUGAGCUGUGCACACAUCUACUGCUGACAGGGGCUGGCCUCUGGAGCAGAUGUACCCCUUUGUGGUGCACAUUUCCCUGGUGACCGUGCUGCCAGCGCCUGUGUGUGCAUCCUGCCCCCAUUCCCAUGGCCAGGGCUCACUCCAGGGAUGGCUGCUGGUCCCAUGCCAGUGUGACCAGGCUGGCUGGGGUGGCACUGCUCUGGGACCGCCUGUGGCAUAGCUGGGCUCAGCUGGAGGCUGCUGCUCUGUUCAUUAUGCUGUUUUAGACACUACCUCUGAAUUACUUGAAGAGACAAUACUGCUGUUGUUCAGGGGAAGCUGUUAACACUGUGUUAAAUACCUGAACUGUCCUGUGGGCCUGAGAGGUAAAGACUUGGCACGAUCUUUCUUCUCGACCUCUUUGUUUUACUUUGUUACUUCAAUACAUUAAUUGCAACCGUGUUUAAGUGUAUUUCUUUUGGCAUUAAUUUGGAGACUAUUUCAGUCUUCAAAUUUUGAGGAUUAUAACUUAAGUCUGAAUUCCUCUUUCCUGUGAUAUAUGGGAAACAUUAAUUUUGCUGAAUUCCUGGACAUUUAGGAAGCUACAGCAUAACCUUUCUCUUUUACCUGUUGGUCACUUGGGUUUUUUUAAUCCUUCAGAUUUUCUUUGGGGAAAGUCUCUCACCCAGGCAGCCCUUCUCUGGAGGGAGGUGAGCCAAGUGGGGGCUUGCUUGACACUUAGAACUGGAGCUGACAGGGACUGCUCAAAGCCCAGAUGUUGGAUCACGGAUUUGUGAUGGGACAGUGAAUGCUGCAGUCAGACCUGAAAACUCUGCUUGUAGACAGAGAGCCACACCUAUUAAGGGAGAAAUUUCUCCAGCCUUCACCUGCUUGUGACAGAGUAAGCAAUAAUCCCACAAACACAGGCAGGUGUUACUGUUUUUUAGUCACACUAAUUUUUGUACUGGUUCACAAUGAAAUGUGAUCAUAUAUGUUUGAGCCAGUGCAAUCAUAUGUUGGUACUUAUCAGCACUUAAUUUGCUAGCUGAUAGUAUCCUAUGAUCUGAUUUAUCUCAAUUGUUAAUUUUUUUAAAAAAAGCACAAAAGGGACUGAUUAGCAGAUGCUUCCCUGCUCAAUCAUCUUCCUGAAGCAACUAUUGGUGCACCAGUUAUUCACUGAUUAUGAAUUUUUAUUUAUCUGUAAGCUUAUUUAUUAUAGAAUGAUUGUGUUUAUAUGUAUUUAAUGCAAAGGAAAAACUCAUCUCCAGAUUUAUUAUUUAUUUUGUUGUUUUGUCCUGUAUCUGCAAUCAUGGUCUGACAGCUGUGAAAAAUCCCAGCCUUCUUUGUUUGCUUGUCACAACUCAGGAGAAGUGUAAAGGUUUGCAAACCUUCCAUGUGAACCUUGGCCGAGUUCAGAGCAGACUGUAAUCUGAUUUAUCUGUUGUUUGCAUGGCUUUCAUUGGAGUUCCUUGAAUUUUUUAACUGAAUUGUUUCUUGAAAGGAGUUGGGGGUGGGGGAAGUGCCUGCCACUCACUGUCUUUCUCCUUUCCACUUGUCUCAGUGAUGGGGACAAGUCAUAAAAAUCAGAGUUUAGGAACUAUGUUCCAAUUUCUAGUUUAAUACUUCCUUUUAAAACCACAGGAGAAGGUAUUUAUUGGAUUUGGUAUUUUUUUUCUUGUUGAUGAAACUGUCAUAACCUGUUUUGAAUAGUUCUGUUCAGUCUGCAAGUUUAUUUAAAAUACCUGGGUUUUUCUUAACUGUAUUUUAUGUUUACUUUACUACUACUUUACUCAUGGCCCCAACUGAAACUCCACAUGGAUUUGGUUUCAGUGGUUUUCUCCUGCAAAUUGUCUUGGUGCUCAGAGCUCAGCUGGGUGUUAACACCAUGGUUAUGGGUUUGAUCCCAGUAUGGGCCACUCAUUUAAGAGCUGGAUUCAUGACCCUUAUGGGUCCCUUCCAAACCAGAAUAUUCUGUGAUUCUGUAACUGGCUCAAGUGCCAGUGAGGCAGAAAUAACACCUUUGCAAGGUUCCCUGCAGAACCAGAAGGCAAAGAAAGGUGAAAUAUUGUUUGUAUUUGACUCUUAAUGUAUUUUGUACUGUAUAUAUGUAUAUUUGCCUCAAAGGAUAUUUAUUUGGCUUAGCCAAUAUUUGUAUUGUCUGUGCACAGUAAUGACUGUUUUAGUCCUUCUGCUGUAUUUAUUUGAAUAGAGGUGGUAUGGGCUCAGGGCUUUGAUUAGACAUUUUAAGUGCAAACUCAGAAGUUUCUCUAACAUAUUUGCUGUCUCUUUAAACAUGUUGGGUGUUAAGAGUGUUUGCAGAAGGAAGAGAAAUGGAAAAUAGAUUUGGUAUUAAUGGUUAAGUGUGUGUGCGGGAAAACAUUUCUGUAAGUUUGGUCUGUCAGAAGAGACUUGUGUGUCAUUUCAGAGCAAUGCUUGGUGGUGUGCUUCCAGUGUGAGAAACCUGACAUUCUUAAAUGGUGAGCUGGGCAGUUGGGAGGUAACACUUGUCUGUGACAUGACAUCUCCCUUGGCUACUCUGGGCAGCAUUCGUGCUGGAGUUCAGAAUUGGUCCUAAGGUUGUCUGAAAGAAUCCUAAGCAAUAUGAACUACCUUUCAUCUCUUUUGUUACACAGAGAAAAACUAUCCAUAUAAUGGGCUUAUCUUGCUUACUCAUCACCAAAACAUAUCCAGACUUCCUCAUGCUUUGCAAAAUGGAGCUCAGCUAGGCUUGGACUUUGGGCUCUGGACUCUGUUUUUCUAGCAUUACAAAAUUAAAAGGUGAGCUGGGCAGGAAGGGAGGAUCAAGGAAGUGGGUCAGUAGUUUGCAUCCAGUGCCCACAUGGAAGGUGUGGCAGUGCUUAGCCCAGUUCUGGGCAGCACACUGGAGCAGGUCUGGCAGGUGAGUGACAGUGCUGCAGCUCACACUGGGGAAAUUGGCCAAGUCUGGCCCCUGAGAGCAGCAAAUAGCAGCCUGCAAGGUCAGGAUGUGUGAGCUUGAGGACAAUAAAGAUGGGUAUGAGCACAGGAGAAGGCAAGGGGUUCUUACUGUUGAAGAUGCACAUCUGGUGAAUACAGAGGUUUUAGUCUUGCUUGUAUAUCCCCAAAGCAGUUGAGUUCACUUUUAAACAGACUGGGAAGAAAACCUGCCUAGAAGAAUUGUUCUGACCACUUGACCAUUAUUUGGUGGGUGCUGGGAGAGGAGAAGCCAGAAAACAAGCAGCUGCUUGAGGCAAAGUACUUAAACUGUGUGUUCUUGAAUAAUUGCACAUAUGGUUUGUUAUUACAGAUUCAGGUUAGUUAUACACUGUUCUGUGACUCUUUCUCUUCCUGAUGUGCAGUCCUUGAAUGCCAAGUGCAGUGGUGGCAUUCCUCUCCUCACACUGAUUGCUGCUGUGUGCAUAUCUGAGGCACAGUGGACCACUGUGUAUCCCUGAUGGGAAGCAGAUGUUUGUUAUGAGCAUCUACAAGCCUCUUACUGUGUCCUGUAGGUGAAAACAAAAAGGAGUUAGUGCUAGAUUAUGCAGACUGACAAUCUGUUGGCUUUUACUUGGGGGCUAUUGUCAUAAUAUAUUGAACUGCACAGGGAAAUGGUGGAGUCACCAUGUCUGGAAGUGUUCAAAAAUGUGUGGCUAUGGCAUUUAAAGAUAAUAUAGUAUGGUAAUGAAAACAGCAGGGAUGGACUUGAUAGUUCUUGUCCAACCUUAACAAUUCUGAUUCAGAGUAGAAAUGCUGACUGCAAGAAGGCCCCUUUUCUUUUAAGCAGCCACUGUGGAGGAAAGAAUAAUAGGGGAAUGGUCUUUGCUCCUAACACUCCUGGGUUUUGCUGUUGUUGGUAUUGACUUAACUGAAUGUUGGAGCUUAAAAAGCACCUGAACUCAAAAAACACUUUUGAGCAGGGAUUCUGGCUCAAACAGGAGUUGGGCUUCUGCCAAGAUGCUCAUCUACUCUCAUCUGGCUAAGCCUUUGGAAAUACUUUCUUUGCAUAUUUGUCUCAGGUGUCAGAGCUCCUUGAUGUGUCAUUUAGAAGACCAGGGUUUAGGAUUUAAAUAGAUAGAAGACAUGGAUAUUUGGAUUUAGAAUUGGGUUGCCUAUGGAAGUCUGAGUGUGUGUGAAUUGAGAUUUACUUGAAUAUGCAGUAUUGAAUAUGACAUCCAUAUGCUGUUUUCACAAGACUUUCAUCUUUACUUGAACACAUAGUUGCCAAUCCCUAAAAAGCAAAUUUUUUGAUCAGAGGACCACUGUUUGAGACAAAACUUGAGGCACAUUUUCAGUGUUUUAUAAAGCACAGAAAUUGUCUGUGGGAAACAGAACUGACUCAAAAAACUUACUUGAAGUAUAGAUCAGGUCUAAAUGCAUUCCUUUUGGCAAUGAAAAAUAAGUUUGUUUUUUUUUCUUCUUUGACAAAUUCUUAUUCCAGCUUUGUUUUUUAGCUCAACAGAUGGGUAGAAGAGCCAGAGCAUAUGGUGAAGAGCAAAUAAAUUUUAUGCUAAGGACAUAAAUGUAGGACUAACUGCAGUAAGAGUAUGGUGAUUUACUUAAUGACACCUUUAAUGGUAAUCCUGUCAGCUCUUUGGUUUAGUUUGUUAAAUCAGUCUCUCUUUUGCAUUAGAAAUAAUCAGUCCCACUAAUUCAAUACAUCUGUUCUGUUGAAGUGUUUAUUUCUAUAUGCAUAUUUAUUUCUCUACAAGUCUCACCAAGUAAACUGUUAAUUGUAGGGGCUGCGAUAGGAAUGCCAACUUUAGAACUGUGUGCUGAAUCUGCUUAUAUUUUAUAUCCCUGAAUAUUUGUGUUGUGUGUUGUCCAUUUAAACAGUCUUCUCUUAACCUUUGUUAGACCUGUCAUACCAUCUACAUGGAACUGCAGAGUAUUCUUGUUUUUUGAAUAUGUGUUGAUAUGCACACCCUAUAUAAAAAUAAUUUAGAUGGUUCUUUGAUUUUUCUCAAUGUCAAGUGUAUUUUCCAGAUGGAUAUUUUUUUACUUAUUUAUACUGUGGAAGGGUGCAGAGGGGACCAGGUGAAGAGGAAUUACCGAUUCUCAGUAUUUAUUUUGUGCAGUUUGUCUUCUCUUGGCAGUUUGUGCUUUACCCACCUGUCUGAUUCAGUUUUGUGAAAGCAGGAUGCCUCAUCUGAACUGCAGAUAAAUUUGGGGUUUACAUCUGUUUCUUCUGCUUUAUAUCAUUGGGGUUUUUAAUCCUGAAAAUAAAAAGUACAACUUGAGCUAA